AUAUCUUCCAACAUAAUAGGACCAACAUCCAUCUUCAACACAAUAGGCAAAUACUCAGUGCUAGUUCUCAGAUUUGGGCACCUCUGAAUUUCAUCAACCCCAACCCAACAAUAAACCCAACAACCCCAACCUCACCCUCCCACUAUCUUCUUCGUUAUCUUCCAAACCAAAAAACCCACCGAGAAACCCAAGCAAAAGCAAGAAAAUCCAAAGAAAGAAAGAUAGAUUCAAGAGAAAGAUAACCAUAACUGAGAUCGUACACAAGAACCCAAAUUGUAGGAGAACCCAAAUCGCGAAAAGAACCCAGAUCCUUAACAAACGUUGGUGCCUUUCUUGUGAAUCGUUGCCUCGACUCCUUCUCUCACCUUCUCCUUCUUGAAUCUCGCCAUCUUUUAUCUUGCGUCGUGGGUUAUGAUGGUGAUGGAGUGUUGUCCUAUCCAUAUCCAAGUUUCAAACGCAUCUCAGAAUGAGAGGUGCGAAAAUCCAAAAUGAGGUUUUUGUUGCAGGUGGUGGUGGGGUUGGGGUUCUAGUUGCAGGUGAGGGUUGAGAUUUUGGUUGGAGAAGAAGAAGAAAAUGAAGGAGGAGGGGAUGAUGUGAUGAAUUUCUGGAUAAUGAUAACACAGUCUAUCUCCUCUUCAAUAACUUCACAAAAUUCCGUUCACUUUCAAUUCACACGCAGUGUUUAAUUUGUGUGGCAGAAACACAGAGAAACAGAAAAAAGAUCAACAAUGUCAACAUUGACUGUACCUCCAAUGUUGCAUUCGCCUCGUGAUGAUGCUCGCAAGCUGCAUAAAGCUUUCAAAGGUCUUGGCUGCGAUACAUCUAAGGUUAUUCAAAUCCUUGCUCAUAGGGAUUCCGUACAGCGCGACCUCAUCCAACAAGAGUAUGAAACUACCUUCUCUGAAUCCCUUUCCAAACGUUUAGCUUCAGAGCUUCGCGGGCAUACCAAGAAAGCACUGAAACUUUGGCUUUAUGAUCCUGCAACCCGGGAUGCUGUGAUAGCAAGGAAAGCCUUAACUACAACACCAGUUUUUGAUAAUCAAGCUAUAACAGAAAUAAUAUGUUCUCGUACCCCGUCGCAGCUAAGGCGAUUGAAAGAAGUUUAUCUGUCAACAUACCAUUCCUACAUUGAGCAUGACAUUGAAAACCAAACAAGUGGUGAUCACAAGAAGUUGUUGCUUGCAUAUCUAAGCACACCGCGUUAUGAAGGCCCAGAAUUGGACAAUACAAUAGUACAACAGGAUGCCACACAGCUCUAUAAAUCAGGGGAGAAGAGGAUAGGAACUGAUGAGAAAAUGUUCAUAAAGAUCUUCAGUGAAAGAAGCAGCACACAUUUGGCUGCUGUUGACUCUGCUUACAGAGCUCAACAUGGAAACACACUUGAAAAGGCACUAAAGAAAGAAACCUCUGGUAGUUUUUUGAGAGGCCUCUUGACCAUACUACGUUGUGCUACUAACCCUGCUAUGUACUUUGCUAAGAUUUUGCACAAGUCAAUGAAGGGUAUGGGAACUGAUGAUAGUAGACUAAUAAGGGUAAUUGUGACCAGGACUGAGAUUGACAUGCAACACAUAAAAGCAGCAUAUUAUAGUAAAUAUGGAAAACCACUAACUCAUGCUGUUCGUUCAGACACAUCAGGCAGUUAUAAAGACUUUCUAUUACAUCUUUUAGGCACUGAUUAUUAGUAUCUUGAAGUAGCUUUUGUAUUCGUAUAUAUGGACCUGCGUUUGUUAUGUUUAUUAUUUCAAUUUUACUGUUUUGAAUCACAUAUUUUUUCAUGUCACUAUUUAGGAUGUGGAUGGUUGCAAAACUAACUUCUUAUGAUUGUUUGAGUAAAAUUCUAGUAACAAAAAAGUGAUAUGCAACACUUAAUUU